AUGGGAGAUAGUAGAACUAUUUUCUCGUGUUUUUCAUGUGUACGCUGUGAUGUAAGUAAAAGACUUGAUUUUCUGUAUAAGGUUCCAGUUCUACAUAUUAUUAUCUGAGAGUUUUAUCAUGUUAAAUCCCCAGUGUAGUCUAGGAUGGGGGAGAAAGAGAAUACAGAUGGGACCCUUUAUAUGAUUAUUAAUGGGGAACACUGGGGGGUUACACACAGAUCUGUCAUUUUAUUCUUUCCUCAAUAUUUAACCCUUUCAUGACUCAGUAUUUAAUGUCCCAAACACAGUGACAGCAUAUGGUUACUGUAUCAGUUUUCGUGGUAUCAACUCCUUGCCCUUUAUUCAUUUCAGUUACUGGUAUGUCAUGUGGAAGUAUUAUAGAGUAUUGUUAUUAGGAGGUUUACACACACAUAUAUCCUGUAUAUGUAUAUAAUAAAUAUAUCAGGAAUGAAAGACAGCACUGAGACACAGGAACAGACACUCAGCACCAGAUCAAUAGAAGCGGGGUCUACCAUAGCAGACAGGACCCAAGGUGCGGACCCCAGAGUCCUCCCAUAUAAACCAGCACAUAGUGGGUGUUAGUAGGGACAGCACACACUGAGAAACAAACACGUUGUGAGCCUUUUCUUCUGGCAAAGAGCCUGUGGGUUUCUGAUUCUUUUUAUUUCUGCCUUUUCAGGUCAGCGGAACGCAAGUUAUUGAAGUUAUUGAUGUUAUCGAGCAAGGAGCAGGGGAACAUCCAGGUACAUUAAAACACUUUGUGUGUGUGUGUUAUGUAUAUAUGUAAAUGUGUAACCAUAUAUCACAUCCAUAUCACAUAUCCCAUUAAAAGGACCAGAUUACACAUCAUUAACCUGCUUACACCAUACUUUACCUUCACCUUUUAUAUCCUCUUCUUGAUUUACUGUAGACCAGAUGCUGCUAUCAUGACUGGCUUCAGCUACGAAGGUUUUAUUUUUCAAUGUCUGUCUUCCAUUAACCUCGAUCGAGUGAUACUGUCUGCUGACAUUUGUAAUUUGGGUUUUGUCAUAUUAAUAAUUUGCAGAAUGUCCCCAGACUCGAGUUGCUCCUGAUAAUGACUCAUGCUCCUCACCAAAUGGGGACAAGUUAACAAACUUGGAGAAACAACUGGAAGAUGAGUUCAAAGUUAACAGCAAAGCAGAGAAGCUAAUAAAGACGUAUUGUACCGGCCGCUCCAAAGUAAGUCAGAUACAUUUUAAUUAAUAUUAAACAACAACAACUAUAUUUUUACAAUUUUGUUUGAGAAAAUGCCUUCCACUUUUUGCAAUGUGAGACAUUUUCCCACUCGUGAUGGCAUCCUAGCUAAUUAUAGCUGAUAGCAGGCUGGAGAUCCAGGAACUGAUGGACUCUUUUUGCUCCUGGAUUGACUGAAAUUAAGCCGUCAUUUGGUGGAGUUCACCUACAGCUCUCUCAGCUGAAUAGUUCGAGGCUCUUCCUUCCACUCGAUCAGCCAUGAAGCACUUUACACAAUUUUAAACCCAAAGAAACACACAGCGCUCUUGUUUUUUAAAUCAGUUUGAAUUGAUGUGUUUACCGGAAGAUAUAGCACGAGAUAACGUGUUAGAAGAACAUAUUGGAGGGGGGGUGAAUGGGAGGUAAAAUAGAAACAAAACAAAGGGAAGACAUGAUAACGAAGGGGAUAAAGAAUGCACAAGGAAUUGGCUGCCAUAAGUAAGGGGGUACUUUAAACUGCUGUAUAGUUUCCACAGUAACAAAUUAUUUCAUGUUAGCUGUCCUAGAGGUGGUGAAUGCAGCCACUAGAGGUGGAUUUAACCCUGCAAUUUACAGAAAAAAUGUUUUACAUCGCAGGGUUAAAGGAAAGGGGAAAAGGGGUAAAACUUUUUCCAGCGCUGGGCGGGGAGCUCUCUGCCUCUGAUCCUCCUCCCCGUCGGCUGAAUGCGCACGUGCGGCAAGAGCUGUGCCCAUAAUGCCGGUCGCAUAGGAGAAUCACGCAAGCGCCUCUAGCGGCUGUCAAUGAGACAGACACUAGAGGAUUUGGGGGAAGGCUUAACCCAUUUAUAAACAUAGCAGUUUCUCUGAAACUGCUAUGUUUAUAAAAAAGGGUUAACCCUAGCUGGACCAGGCACCCAGACCACUUCAUUAAACUGAAGUGGUCUGGUUGCCUAGAGCGGUCCUUUAACACGACAGGACUUCACUGAGAUGAAGUGGUCUGGGUGAUUUUAAUGUUUAAAGAGACAUUGAAUAUUAAACUCGCUUUAAUUAAAUCUAAAAGUUCAGUUUUUGUUUAUCUUACUUGUUUAUUAGAAUUUUCAAAUUCCUUUUUCAGGAUCAGAAACAUCUCGGUGAUGCUCAGAAAAUGCUCCAUGACAGCAAUAGAAAAAUUGAAAUCUUGCGCAUGUUGAUUCUCCAAUAUAAAGGUAGAGGUUCAGUGAUGUCCUAUAUACUGUAUCUACUGUAUAUGUCCUGUAUACUGUAUCUACUGUAUCUAUUGUAAAGGAAUAUUAUUGUUAAACGUGGUGAUCUGUGUGUCAUAUUUGAAGAUAGGGUGAGCAUGAAUGUGGUUUGUGUUCUAAUAGAAAGCUAUAAGAAAACUGUUCAUAUCCCAUAAUCCCCUGCACACUAUGGUUUUAUGGGGAAACAUACAGCUCUUAGAAGCGUCAGACGAAGGGAAUACAUGAUUCAUAUGCAAACAAUGUAAGAAAAUUAUUAUAAGAGUUAUUCCAUAAAGGGUGUCUAACCUGUCCCUUUAAAAUAGUUUGUGUAUGAAACAGUGCAGAGAAACCUUGUAGAAAUGACCUGUUUAGUUCUGAGAGACCUUUAACUACCGUGUCGAUUUCCUUUUCACCCUUAAUAUAAUAAAAUGUAUUAAUUUGUCUCCUAGCAACACCUGCUAUAAGAGCAUUGGAGAAACGCAUUGAGGAGCUGGGCCACCGUUUUGUGAUCGAGCGUGCCGUGGCUGAAGGAGCCAAACGUGCCAUCAAGGCAUUAGAUCAUGGAAAGCCACUCGUUGAGGUCAGUUAUAAAGUUUAUUCUUUUAGCCAUUUUACCCAGAACGAAUAAUGGGCUUUCAAUGUCUGUCCGGGGUUGGGAAUUACAGUUUGUUGGCAUUAGCCAAGUAGCCAUGGUUUAUUAUUAUUAUUAUUAUUAUUCUUUAUAAAGCGCAAACAAAUUUAUAUUAUAAAUUUAUAUUAUCUGUUAUAUUGUUUAAAGUCUUUGUUGGGCCAUUUGUUCUGUAUUUGAUUCUGUCUCUAUAAUGGUUUUAAUUAAAAUCCUCCCAAUUGUUUAAUUCCCAUUAGUUUUAUUAAAAGCCACUAACAUGUAUGUUCUGCAUUGAUCUGCCGUUAUAUCCUCUUCAAUCUCUGGAAAUCCGUGCUACCUGGUCUUUUGUUUUACAUUCAGCAUUUAAGUUAUUUACAGGUUUUUUUCAAUAAACUCUGACUUGUAGGGAAUUAAAAUCUGAAUUACAAAACUGAGAUAAACAUAGACACACAGUGACUAAACCCGAGAUGGAAUUUCUCCAAAUCACUAAUUUUAAUUUUAAUAUUUGCAGUUCAGAUUUUGAUUUGCUACAUUCCAGAUUUUAGUGAUUAAUCCUGAGUUUUUAUACUCUGAGCACUAUAUAGAAUGUUAACCAUUUAUAAAUGCCAUGCAAGUACGACCCACCCAGUAUUUGCCAGCAGAUAAAGUCUAUUUACCAUAAUUUUUUUUUUUAACAGGCUCAAUCAAUAUUACAUCAGGCAAAUGAAAAGCUGGACCUCCUUAAAUAUUCUAUGGAGGAACUAGUGAAAGAACUUCCUGAUAGCCAUCCCAGGAAGAGUAUUACCACCGAGGAAUUGUCCCUUAAUUCUAACAUAUCCAAGCCCGCGGCACUAACGGGUAAGUUAUUAUGUCCCUGAAAGAUCUGUCAUUGCAGGAAACAAGAAAAACAUAUUAACAUUGAAGUAUCAGAGCAUGUGUCCAUCUAUGUGAAGUCUGGUGUGAUCAUGCAGUUAGUCUACUGAUAUUCCAGCAGAGUUUAUUGUGUAUGAUGUAAAUGCAAAUCUAAAGGUGACUGGUGACAUUUAAAGAACCACUAUAGUGCCAGGAAAACAUACUCACACUAUAGCGUCUCUAGGUCCCCCCAACCCUUAGGGUCCCCCUCCCGCCGGGAGGAAGGGGAUAAUCCCUUACCUUUUCUCCACCGGCGGUGGGGACUCUCUACCUCCUUUCCCGUCAUCGGCUGAAUGCACGAGCCGCGCGCGCAUUCAGACAGUCCAUAGGAAAGCAUUCUCAAUGCUUUCCUUUGUACGCUGGCGUCUUCUCACUGUGAAAAUUACAGUGAGAAGCGCGGAAGCGCCUCUAGCGGCUGUCAAUGAGACAGCCACUAGAGGCUGGAUUAACCCAUAGGUAAACAUAGCAGUUUCUCUGAAACUGCUAAGUUUACAGCAGAAAGGGUUAAUCCUAGAUGGACCUGGCACCCAGACCACUUCAUUAAGCUGAAGUGGUCUGGGUGCCCGAAGUGGUCUGGGUGCAUAAAGUGGUCCUUUAACAUGAUAACUUUAUGGAACCAGCACACACAUUAUCUGUCAUCAGCAUUUUUAAAUAUAUAAUAUUUUAAGAUUAGUUUAGUCACUGUAACAGCUACCCAGGGUAGUGAGGGGUAUCUGCUGUUAAUGACGUCCUACCUCCGGGCAAGAUGGUGGGUUGUAGGGGAGAGGUGAAGUCCCAUCCGCUGGAUCCCUGGAGCAAUAGAGAGGCAGAGCUCUGAAAAGAGCUAGUGAUUAUGCUGCAAAUUCCCUUUCAACAACGAAACACAGCUACGUUUUGAAGGGUGAAGAAGAACUGACUGUACUGGUACAUACAGCCUCUUUUAUUCAGAUUCUACAAACAUAGUACUGCCCACAGAGUUUUGAAGAACAACCAAUCAACACAUUACAACACAGCUAACACUCCCAUUCAUUACAUCAGAAAUCCUCCCCUCUGCCUGUGAUACAAUUAUCUCAACACAAUAGACUAACUUAAUUAUCACCGGCUGGAAAAUACAAUAUUAUAAAACAUAUCACAGGGACCCCAAAACAUGCAGUAACCCCAUUAAAUAUAUCAUUGGAACCGGGGGAUAUGGGUGAACCACAUAUCCAAAAUUCACCCAGAUCCGUUCAGUAGUUUGGAAGAUACAGUUUAAUGCAGAUUCCCCAGAACAUAUACAGGCUAUACGAAAAAUAAUUACUGUUAAAUGUGUCCCCUGCUGUAUAGUUUAAAACUACUGAACGAUGUCUUUGUGCACCAAAUACCGGCGAGAUGGCACCGUGUAUAAAAGUCAAAACAGUGUCUGUGAGUUAAAAUGGCCGCCAUCCAUUGUUCUCACCAUGUGCCUCUGAUACAUGAAAUGGUGGCCACCCAGUAACUCCACAGUUUGUCUGGUAGUCUAUCCAGCCGGACCAACAGAUGAAACACAUGGGGAACAGUGCAACAAUCAAGGGAAUCAUAAAAAAUAUGGACAAUAGUCAUAUUUGUGCACAAUCUCCAGUUUUGUCACAGGGCACAAAUAGUGUUUUCAAAUGCCAUAUAUCCCAGGGCCAUGGUCAGAAGGUAAAACAACAAAUAGUCUGAGUUCACAUAUGUAUAUAAGCAGCCAUUAUACUGGUUAACUGGGGUGUUUUUGUUACACGUUUUGUUACAGUCACCAUGUAUAAUAAUCUGAACAUGUGUAGUUGUCAUGUUACUAAGGAUUUGUCCAAUCCCAGUAUUUUCAUGAAAUUCUGUUUUACAUUAUUUGCAUAUUCUUAGAGUCUCCCUAAGUGUAAAGGUUAAUCCAGAAGUGCACUCCUUGUUGGUUACAGCUUGUGUAGUGUGGACUUGUUACAUUCUGGUUCUGAAUUACUCCUGUGUGUGUUCAGAAAUAUCUACAAAUAAUAUAGGUUUCCUCUCUAAUGGCAAACGUGAGAUAAACCUUGUUUGAGGAUCGAGCAGGGACUAUGUGAACCUACUGAGUUUUUAUCUGUGUGUAAAUUCUGUUUUGAUUGGUUUAUAUCCGAUAAAGAUGCCUUAUUAUUGAAUAUUCUGUGUUUCCUGCUUAGACCAACCAUGAAGUUCCCUUUAACAUAAGAGGCAUAUUUCAUGGUUGCUGAAGGUCUAUUUCUUUCUAUAAAUAUGCCGGUUUACAGAGAUGAUAGAGGGGUGGUGAAAUCCUUAAGGGAAUCUGAUAUUUGAUUAUUGUAGGAAAUGUAUUGAGUAAACAUUUGGUGAGAGGAGAGUGAAUAUAUUCCUGUGAUGACACAAGUGAAAAUGUGAUAGUCAUUGUUACAAUAUAAAUUCUGAUUGUUUGACAGGUACCCUGAAAGUGAAAGUAAAGGGCUGUCACAAUAUUCUGGAGAAUGUACCUGGCAGACUAAAAGACCCGUCAGAUGUUCUGCCAGGAAGGAGGACACAUCAAGGAAGAUUCUCAUUAAUGAGCCGGAUCAGAAAAAACAACCGUGUCGGCAGUCAGAACAUCCAAGAGACUGUUGGCUUUUCCAGUACAGUGAUUUUUAUCUUAUAAUUCCCAUUAUGUGUCCAGUGACGCUCAAUAACAGAACUCAAUAUCUGGGGUAUCGAACCUCUGCUCUCCCACUUAGCCACUCAAAGGAAAAUCAACCUGAAUAAUUAUAUCUCGGUACUAGGGGGCUGUAGGUCGACCCCCAAUUAUAUAAUUGUAAAAGUGCUGCGGAAUAUAUAAAUGAUAAUAAUAAUUACUCUACCACAUCGAAACUGGGACUUACUCAUCAUUCAAACUCCAUCCUCUACUAUUACUCACCAAACAAAAAAGGCAGAGGACAAAAAUAUAAUUUUUUACAUGUUUUUCGUUAAGGAGUUCUUGUGUUAUUUUAUUUCACAUUUCAUAUCUCCUUGUUUAUAUUCCAACCAUAUCACCUGGCCAACUACAAGUUUUUCCUUUUUUCCAGGGGGGGGAGAGGGGGGGGUAAGGGUGUGCAGGAGAAUAGACUCCCUGAAUUUAUUUUAUUUUUAUUUAUUACUGCUAUUUAUAAAGCACAAACAAAUUCUGCAGCGCUGUACAAUUAGUGGAGAACAUACAAUAUACACAGACAAUUACAAAAGGUAGAGAGGGCCCUGCCCGUAAGAUGAAAUCUUGCCAUUUAAGCUCUUUUAUACAAAGUGCAUUGGUAGAUAGCCCGUGAGCUUACAAUCUAAAGCAUACCGUGGGGAUUUGAGACAAGAGGUGGCAGGGGAAAUUUGGAAGUGAUGGCUAAAUAAGGAAACAGAGUUGCAGCUAUUGGUAGAAUAUAGAGGGAGUGAAGAUGCAAGUGAGUGAGAAUUUUAAACAGCUGGAGGAGCAUGCUAUAGAUUUAGGGGGAACCUGGGUGGGCGGGAGGAGGGGCGGGUGGGUUGAGCCGAGUAGAAUUGUAGAGGCUUGCAGUAGAGAUGGAAUAGGAAAUGGGCCUAGGGAGGGAGAUGUGAUAAACAGUUAUAUCAAGGUAUUUACAGCUAGGAGUGACAAGCAUGGGGGGAAUCAAACUCCUAGAGCUUUGGUUAAAGGUAAUAGAUGAAGCUUUAUAUUGCCAGCUGGAUUUUUACCGUGGCCGUGUUGAUUACAUUAUCAAUAGGAAAUGUUCUUUAGAAUAAAACGCUCUUAUCCUGUUAAGUUGAGUUCCUGCAAUUUCCUUACAGACGAGGUCCGUGCUCAGCUGAAAAUUGACCAGGUACCAGUGGGUUCAACCAGUUGGAAAACUGUGUCUAAUCCAUCCUGGAAUGAGACAUUUAAACUGGAGUUAAAUAAGGUACGAAUUUAGAUAAACUCAGGUAUAUUCACCCUAGAGAGAGAAAAUGAUUUUCAGAAAUAUUGCCGUAAGGGGAAAAUAGGGACAAAAAAUCCCAUCUAGAUGAUAGUUUUCAGGCUGAGUGGAUGCCUGUAUUAUUAUUAUUAUUUUUAUUUUCUGUUAGUAGGAAUAUUACACGCCUAAUUAACAUCCAUUGGUGGCCCCAGGAAGAAUUUAUACUAAUCCAUAAAUCUGCAAAUGCUGUAAAGAGUUGUCUAAGCCGGUAUAACGGGAACUCUUAUUUCUAAACAUUUUAGGACCUUAAUGUGUCUUCAGCCAGUUAUGAAUUUAGAAUUAUUAUAUAUUGGGUUUACCUUUCAUUAGAAAUUGUUAUGAGAUUGUAUUAAAAAAAAAUCAGCGAUAUAUUGCAUUUUCUAGUUAUUUGGUAGAAAUUGUUAGCCACUACGGAUUCUGGUUGUAGUGAUUUGUCAAGCAUUAUCUAAUAGCAUUGUUUAUUUGCCUACUUUCCCCAAUACAUGAGCUUGCCAUGUGGAUAGAAUAUGUAUAGAUGCAGACUGAUUAUAAGUUUACAUACUCACUGUGUCUGGGUCUGCUUAAUGCUCUGUACACCUAACUUGAUAUGAACUGUGAUCAAUCUCUCACAGUGAGCAAGUCCUGCCGUGUCAAGCCCACACAUGGAAGACUAGUAGUGUGGCUAGUGAUGGGCCAAAAAUGUGACAAGUUUAUAUCUAUUCAUUUGCCAUCCUCUACGUAUUGAUGGAAAAUAGUUUGUCAGUUUUUAAUGUGAAAAUGGUAAAUGUGGUUAAAAUGUGUGAAAAUUGUUUGAGAUGACAACAUGAUUGGUCAGAAAUAUACAUUCCUGGUAAUAAAAGGGUUUAUAGAAGAAAACUUUUUUCCUUUAAAUAACUAUUGCUCAUUUAAUUUGUACAUAGUCUUGGGAGCUGGAAUUCUCUCUAUAUUGGCACGAUCGGAGAUCACUGUGUGCCACAAAGACACUGAAGUUGGAAGAAUUCCUGGUGAACCGGAAACAGGAACUGUGCUUACAACUGGAGCCACAGGGCACCCUUUUCAUCAAGGUGAGAGCCAAUCUCUGGCCACUAUCAAUUUAUAGUUAUUUACCUAUUUUAAUUUAAUAAUUUAGGAAACAGAAGGACGAAUCAUUUACACAACUGUACAAUUAAAAGCUGGUGAAUUUUCUUUUUUUCCCCAAUUUUACAGAUUUACCAAAGUUUACAAAUAUAAGGGCACUGUGAAGUCUAUUGAUCAAAUGCCACAUUUUAGGCAAAAAUAGGUGAUUUGAAAUGAUUCCCUAAGUCAGCUAUUGUCACAUCUUGAAUUUUUAGCUUAACUUUCAUUUCACACAAUUCGGUGUUUUGCGAAUAAACCCUUCAAUAUACGUCAUAUUACUUAUAUGACAGCUUAUAGUAUCUUUAGAAAUGUUCUCAUUUUGAGAUAAAGGACACUGUAUCAACUGAUUAACUGUUUACGUAAAUGAAGGGCUUUGCUUAUUGUGAUUAGCUGUAGAAGAAGAGAUUUGAAGCUGUUUAUUUUCCAUUUGUGUGUCUGUUUAUAUGUUGGUUUGGCACAAUGAGGAUAUUAUCAUUUACUUCUCACAGUUAACUCUGUUGGUUUAUUUUGGAAUAGGUAACAUUUUCCAGUCCUUUCAUCCAGAAAAGGACAAAACUUCAGACAAUUAGGAAAUUCUUCUCCAAAAAACAAGGUAAGUGUAUGUCUAACAUGUCUCGCAUUAAAUAGCAAACCGCCCAGGGGACUUUAAAGGUAUCUGUCAGGGAGACUUGGUUAUUAUUUGGUUACUGACAAGAGGUGAACCCUUGUACCCCAGUACUAGCCCCCGUGUGAUAGAAAACUUGUCAAGCAGUGUAAAUGCGCUCAGUAACCAGUGAGGGAUUUCAUGUUUCAUUUUCCUAUAGGUAGAUAGACUGAUACAUGUACUGUUAGGAUCUCUUACCUUUCCUACCCAUGUUCUCUGUGAUGCUACACACUCACGCACCGCGGAGCAUUAUGGGUGGGUGAAUUAGGCGCACAAAGAUGGUGUUCUUUCGCCCACUAAUCAUACAUAAUUCUAGUAUGGCGUGGGGCAAUAGAAAAUAUGCAAUGCCUAUAUACAUAUUAACCUCUCCCAGUCCACGUUGUCCUGUUGGGGUUUUAGUAGCCCAAGAGUGCGUUCCUUGUUUCUUCUUUUACUGUUUUCUCGAUUCUUCUGAUCUCUGGUAUCCUUUGUCUUUGGCUGGUUAUAGUGUUUAUCUGUAUCUCUCCUGUUCUUCACCGAGGCUUUCUACCAUUUACCCGACCAUUCUGAGGAUCGGUAUUUGGCUUGUUUAUUUGUUGUGUUAUAGUUUGUAUGUUUUGGUUCUACGCCGAGCUUGACAGGUACAUCCAUUGUAACAACCAUAAUGUAGAUGUACAUCUUAUAACAUAUACAGUACACACAGAUUAAAUUACGUAUACCUACCUGAAGUUCAUUAUUUUCAUUGGAUGCCAGUCCUCUUCAACAUUAAACCUGGUUUCAAUGUAUUAUUGUGAGCCAUUGUUAUUAUAAUAUGUAAAUCUUGACUAACAAUUAAUACACUGAAACAAAGUUCUAGGCUUGGAGAUUUUGUUACUAGUUUUCCUUUUUUGUUUCUGGAUUGUAAAUCCAUUUUCAUGUAUUAUUUAUUACUGAUCAUAUACAAUAUUCAUUUUAUGUUCUCUGUUACAUCUACAGAAGAGACCAUCCAGCCUGCGCCAGAGGAGGAUACAGCUAUUGCCAUCCUUCCAUUGCCAGUGUUGGACACUGAGAGCGUGGUUCCAUCACUGCCCGCUGUCGCUAGUAAUAGUGAAGAGACCAUACAAUCAACAUCUGUGGAGGAUAAAAUAUCUGGCAGUCUUCCAUUGCCAGUAUCAGACACUGAGAGCGUGGUUCCAUCACUGCCCGCUGUCAAUACCGAUACUGAAGAGACCAGCCCAUCAACAUCUGAGGAGGAUAUAAUAUCUGGCAGUCUUCCAUUGCCAGUAUCGGACACGGAGAGUGUGGUUCCAUCACUGCCGGCUGUAGAUACCGAUACUGAAGAGAUUAUCCAAUCAGCAUCUGAGGAGGAUAUAACAUUCAGUAGUCUUCCAUUGCCAGUAUCAAACACUGAGAGCGUGGUUCCAUCACCGCCCUCUGUCGAUACCGAUACUGAAGAAACCAGCCAAUUAACAUCUGAGGAGGAUAUAAUAUUCAGUAGUCUUCCUUUGCCAGUAUCGGACACUGAAAGCGUGGUUCCAUCAGUGCCCGCUGUAGCUAAUGAUCCUGAACAGAUUAUCCAAUCAGCAUCUGAGGAGGAUAUAAUAUCUGGUAGUCUUCCAUUGCCAGUGUUUAACACUGAGAGCGUGGAGUCAUCACCGCCGGUUCUAGAUACCAAAUUGGAAGAGACCAUCCAAUCAGCAUCAGAGAAUAAUAUAAAAUCUGACAAUUCUUCAUUUCCAGUAUUUGACACUGAGAGCGUGGAGACAUCACCGCCGGUUUUCGAUACCUAUAUGGACGAGAUUAUCCAGUCAGAUGAGGAUAGAAUAUAUGACAGUCCUCCAGUGCCAGAAUUUAUCACUCUGAGCCCAGAGUCAUCAUGGUCAAUUAGGUAUUUUCACAUAUUCAUAUUUCUCAUCAAUGCUGUUAAAACUGGUGCACAUUUACCAUAAACUCCUUAUUUACUCCCCUUUAAUGUAAGCAUGUCUUUUAUUACAGUUUGUCUCUCUGUAUGUCAUGUAACAUUGUCUGCAGUUUGCUUGUAACAAGUAAGGUUAUCAGAGAGAAAUAUUUUUACAGAACGUUUAUGAAUUGCAUUUUCACUGAUGGGACUUGAAAGUUCUUCCAAGCAGAAUGUGGAAUUCUCCUGUUACCAGAGUGAAAUACAGUAAUUAAUCACGGCAGGUCCUUUGGAUUCCAUCUGUAAUUAAUAAAUUGAUUUCACACAAUACACAAUCAUUGUGUAUUAUAAAACAUGGCAAUCUACAACCCUAGUGAUAGAUAUUCCAGGGGAAUCCCUUUAACAUUGCACUGGAUGUUGCAGAAUUUUCCACUAAGACACUCUGACUAUAAAGAUGUGAUGAUAUCAGAUCUAAAAGGUGCCAUCUAAAUAAAUACUGUUUUCUUCCUUCUUAAAGCGUUUCUCCUGUAGUAACAUCGGACACUGAUUCUGAGCCAAAAGAUUUUCCUUUUUGCAGCGAUCAGGCAGGACAUCAUAUUGUGAUCCCAGAAAGUCUGUAUCGGGUAAAGAUAUAUAAAGUUUUCUAACUUGCUAAUUUUGUUUAUUUGUUCAGCUGUAGCACAAACUUCAUUAUUAAUGAACAUGGAAUAAUUGCAAUCUCGGUGUAGAAUCUUUUCUAUAAAAUCAUGGGCAUAUUUAAACUCUGGGUUUAGUACAUAGAUUGGAUCCUCAACUGUUUUAUUACAACAAGCGCUAAUGGAACGUUGUUAUUAAUAAUGUUUAACUUUCUUUUCCAGGAUUAUGGAGGAUGCCAAGACGAUUCUAUGGACUACACUUCAGACCACGUGCCAUGUGAUACAUCUCAGCAUGAUGGUAGAGUGUCCAAUCAGGAAAACAGUGUCCUUCAAGACCCGGAACAGUAUGAGGACCCAUGGUAUGAACUUACACUGUGUGUAAUAGGAGCACUUGUUUUGGGCAUUUGUUUUUUUCACCAGGAUAGGGGCUAUACAGGUAAUUAUAAAUAUUAAAAAAAAAAAAUUAUUUUCUUUGCAGCAUCCAGCGAGGAGUACAACUGAGCCUCGAGGAUUUCCAAUGUCUCUCUGUGCUGGGCAGAGGACACUUUGGAAAGGUGGGUUUUGGGUAAAUUCCAAUUCUAGUGAGAAAUAAAAGGUGUCUAAACAAAUGCUAUCUAACAAAUAUAUAUAUAUUUUAAUUUAGGUUCUACUUGUUGACCACAAACGUACAAACACCACGUUCGCUCUAAAAGUCCAGAAAAAACGAAAGAUAAUUGCAUCUGAUUGUAUUGACUAGUCAGUGAAUGGAGAAUACUUAAAAUCCUAGUUUGUUUGUUAAUUUUUUGGAUGGUAGUUCUAUUUGAUGUUCACAAAACUGAUUCAUUCACUUAUUCCCUUUUUAUUUUCAAGUCUUAAACAUGAGAAGAACAUCUUUCAGACCGUAAGCCGCAAACGACACCCAUUCCUUGUGAAUUUGUAUGCAAGUUUCCAGACUGAAGAUCUUGUCUGCUUUGUGAUGGAAUAUGCCGCUGGUGGGGACCUACUGUCAACUCUUAUUAACAACGUGGUGGCUUUUACAGAAAACAGAGCUAUGUAAGUAUAGUUUGGGGAUUAUGACCACAUAUCUAGAACGCCAAACACAAUUGUGUCAGCUGGUGAUUUAAGUUGGACUACAAGUUCAUUGAACCUUAGACAGAUAAUGAUAAAAACUGACAGUUAAUACCUAAGAUAGAAGACAAUGCAGGAAAUAUGACUGAGCAUAGAGCGACACAGGAUGGUGGCAUGAAACCAUUCAAUGGUACAAAAACGUAAUUUCCUUCACUAAAAUAAAACCAAUUUAUUGUAUUUUCUACAGGUUUUAUGCGGCGUGUUGUGUGCUUGGCCUCGAAUUUUUACAUAAAAAAAAUAUUGCUCACAGGUAAGUGUAGAGGAAAAACUAAAGCUGGAAUACAGUUAUAUUGUCCCCAGUAAUGUUAUCUAUGUUAUUUACUGUACUGUGAUUAAAAUAUUGUCUGUGGUUUAAUUACUUAUGUUAUUAUGUUAACUUUAUCAUAUGUUAGUUAAGUCCUUCAAUUUAACCUUUUAUUUAGUCUAAAUAAGAAAACCCUGUAAUCCAGGUACCGUUUAGUGAUAUGUAAAAAAUAAUAAACUCCUAUUCUGCAUUUUAAUCUAGAGAUCUCAAAUUGCGGAAUAUCGUUGUAGACAAGGACGGAUACGCCAAAAUUACCGACUUCGGUCUUAGCAAACACGGUAAAAAUAAUUUUAUAUUUAACUCAAGUCAUUUAUCACAAAGUUACAGAAUUUAACAUUAGCCAUAGACAUUUAACAUUAAACUGCAGUCCAAAAUAAAGUAUAUAUGAAAUAUAGGAAUUAAAUCAAAUAUUGAUGUAAAAUAAAAUAAGGGGCCAUUGUACGAAUUCACAUCCAGUUAGAGGUUCAGGAAAUGUUGGAACACUAGUCAGAUCAGAUGCUGGAACACGAUACAGAUUCAUAAAAACCGAUAAGGAUCAAAUCAAGUGUUUGAUCAGUUUUGUGUAUCUGCCCCUUCUGAAAUUGGUUAUGGUGCAUGCAUGCUUUCCAUAGUAAAUCACACCAGACACAUGUUUCUCGGUUGAUGAAAUACUCAGGAAUGUUUAAUCAGGGGGCAGGGAGCCCCUUAUAAAGCACAAAUACAUCACAUGCAUAAUUACAGAUAACAGAGAAAAAUACAACAAUAAUUGGUCAGAUGUUAGGUGGUUUAUUCAAUGCACAUCCUACUGGGUGUGCAUGUUACGGUUAUCAUGAAAUUCUCCCCCGGAUUCCAGCUCCAUCUUGGUUACACGAUGGGAGGGGGUGACUCCCAGCGGCCAUUUUGAGUAGUCACUGAAUAAUACUGAUUAUUGUUAUGCAGAGUAAAUAGGCAUUUUACUUUAGAUAAUAUUCUGUCCACAACAAAAACCAUGGGAAAAUGUGUACGGAAUUCCAUAGAGAAUCUGCAGAUACAACACACUAACUACUUGCAGCAAUAUUCUAAUAUAAAUUAGAAAAAAAUUACAUGAAAUUAAUAAAAAAAACAUACUGUAUAUCAGCAAAAUAAACCAACUGUGUAUUUACCAAUGGACAUUUAUACUUUCUCUAUUUAUUAGAGAUGGGAUUUCACGAUCGAACCAACACUUUCUGUGGCACACUGGAAUAUAUGGCGCCGGAAAUAUUUGAGAGGAAACACUAUACAAGAUCUGUUGAUUGGUGGAGUCUGGGCGUAGUAAUUUAUGUCAUGCUGUGUGGAAGGGUAGGUAUAGCAUAUUUUUACCAAUUUGUAGGAUUUCUUCUUUGAAAACCAAAAUCCCUUGUGUGAUGUCAUCCAGUCCAUUGAUGAAACUGAUAGUAUCUCAAACUAUAGACUGGUUAGGCUUAAAGGGACAACCCUGAGCACCAUAACCACUUCAGCUUAUUAUAGUGCUUAUCUAAAUAUAAAUACCAAUACCUCCCUCUCCACUUUAUCAAAACUGAUUUUAUCUCUCUAAUACUCUCUCUCAAUUUCUUUAAAUAAAAUAUAUUGUUUCUGCUUUGGCAAAACAUUUACAUUAGAGACAUUACCCACUAUAGAUCCCAGGCCAGCCCUGCACAGUGGGCGCUGUCUUUGUCACAGUUUGAGAAGACUGUGUGCCCUCUCUGUGUGGGCCAUUUAUACAGAGCAGAUUAUGGGCUCUCAUGAGUGUGAGUGCUAUAAACACUAUUGUCAUCUUGACACAGUGUAUAAUGGUUUACAUCAAUAAGUUAUUUUUUCAUGACUCAUUGCAGUAUAUAUUAUUCAUUGAUUUUUAUUGUAUGUGUGUGACAAUGUCUAGCAGGAUAAUAAAUUAAUAAAUUAGUGAAUAAUUAAUUUGUCACAAAAUUGAACUUCUGCAUCUUACAAUGUGCAUCUUAAAUGUUUUUUUUUUUUUUCUAUUAGUUUCCUUUUACAGGUAAAGAUCGAGAGACAGAGAUAUCGUAUAAGGUUGUUAACACCGAAGCUGACUAUCCGGAGUUCCUGUCUUUAGAAGCACUCUCAAUAAUAAAAAGUGUAAGUUGCCAACGCGUGUUUAGUGCUUUCUGAUUUUGACAUAUUGGGUGAGCUGAGGUCAGAAUUUCCAAUCACUGUUGAUGAGUGUAUUGCCGACGAGCUGCCUUGGGAUGAAGGAAGUCUGAGAGCUGUUAUAUUAGUAGUUAUGUCUGGUAGGAGAUAAGCAGAUGGUGAUGUUGUAGCUCUUGGAAGCUCCAGGAUUAAAGAUUACGCAUGGAGCUCUGCUUCUAAACAACACAGCUCAUAUGGCUUUAAUGAUGUAUGACAUCACAGCUCAGCGUCUUACAUCAUACAACCCAUCAUCUUGCUUGAACUCUGACAGGCGUUAGAAAGUGACAUAUAAGGUAUACUGAAAGGGUCAAGGCAUUGGGGAGGUUUGGAAAUUUGGGGGAAAAAGGGAAUAAUAUUGUUUACUUUUAUAUAUGAAGAAUUCUAUUUUCAUUAGUUAUGCACAUUGCGCCAUAGUAUAUACACAGUUUUUAUUCUGUGGGUCGAUUGAUGCGUGCCCCUGCCUGUUCCGCUCUGUUGUAGCUGCUAACAUUGUGUGUGUGAAUAUGGGCUCGGGCAGUUUGAGUGGUAAGGCUCUGAAAACACAGCUGGUCCUGUGUGAAAACUGCGUGAUUGGCUGUAACAGAGCAGAAUAAGCAAUCACAAACACAUGGAUCUAGUUACAGAAUAAAAAAAGUUAAACCUCUAUGUGGCGAAACCGACCUCGCCACGUAUCCUUGGAGGGGGCUGCUUGCCCGCCUCUUGCCUUUGGACUAUGGACCAGACUUUAUGUGAAUGUGAUGUAUGGUUUUAAAGUUAUGAAAGUUGGGUAGAAAGUAUGUUUUAACUGUAUGUGUAAUUGAGUUUCCUCUCAGGAUAAGGGGAGGGAAUACGUGGGAUGUAACUGAUAUGUGAUUGGUUGUUUUAUACCUCCCUGUGGGCGGUCCUGUAUGUGAAAGGCUGUAAUAAAAACCAGGCUGGGUGUGGCAGCACAGGAGUUCCUGUUUUAACCCUCAAAGUGAAGUGUCGUCUCAUUAUUGGGGGAAGGAUUUAUUGUAUGCUGUUCCAGUUUGACUGCUAGGAGGGUAAACCUAUUUGUAUGGUUUCCUAUUCAACUGUCUACAGCAUUCAUAUGCUUGGGAGAAUUUAUUUGUUUCUCCGGUUCGGUGAUUGUGGUGUCUGCCAGAGUGCUUGGAGUCCUCAGGAAGCGCUAGGAGCAUCCUUCAACGGAGGUACCCAGUCGGGGUGCCAGGCGAUCCGUUACACUUUAUUUGGUGAAUUAAAUAAAUACAAGCAGUAAGCAUGACUCAUGCCAUCAAUCAGGGCAGAGCAAUGUCUGGACACUAAACACGAUGCCAUGGUGACUACUGUUGAUUGAGCUCGGUAUUAACGUAUACAGCCUGAGCUGAAAGGGCAGGUUUUACAGAACCUGCAAGAAAAUGUCUUUAAUUCUAAGUUUUUCAGAUAAAAUAUUUUACAUUUUUUUCCCCCUUCUACAGCUUAUGAAUAAAAAUCACAGAAAACGUAUAAGAGCCAGGAUUGGUGCCUGUGACAUCAAGAAACAUCCUUUUUUCAAAGUAUGUCCAUAUUGUAUAAAUUAAAUGUGUGGAUGUGUAGAGAUAACGUCCAUUAUUUCUGAGUUUUUUAUUGUGGCACACAUUAAUUAUUUUUCUUUUUUUUCCUUCAAUCUUUCUUUAUUUUAUAACAGGAAAUAGACUGGAGUGCGUUAUUUUCUAAGAAUAUCAUACAUCCAUUUGCACCAUCUAUUGCCGGACCAGAGGACGUCAGUCAUGUCGACAGAGCUUUUACAACACUGGACCCCAUUCUAACACCACCAGAAGAAUCACCUUUAAUAGACCAAGACCUGUUCCAAGAUUUCGACUGGGUGGGCGAUUGGAUUUGA